AUGACGUCACGGGCCACCCGCCAGCCCCGCGCUCCUCCGGGCAGAGCGCGUGUGGCCGCCGAGCACAUGGGCCCGCGGGCCAGGCGGGCUCGGGGCGGCCAGGACGAGGAGGGGCGACGAGGAGCUGCGAGCAAAGAUGUGCCCCGGGACCCCCGGCACCUACCAGUGGAUUUCCUUGCGGAAAGGAUGUUGGCGGCCCCUGUGACCUGUGGAGACAUGGCCAUAUCUGCCCUCCAAUUGUAUCGAGUCUCAUCUGGCAGCUUCAAAGAUCAUCCGCAUUCUUUCGUCUUCAUGGAGUGUCACUGGAUUGAGAUGAUUCUAAGGCAUCUUAAUCAUCUCGAGCCUAAAGAUGAAGGAGAGUGGAGGCCUGAUCUUUUGGCCAGAAGGAGAUUAAAAAGAUGCCCCUCAAGAUGGCGGUGCCUGUCAGCUGCAUGGAGCUUCAUUCAAGUAUUUAAUGAGCCUGAUGGAUUUACAGUGAUCUUUGGUGGUCUGGGGAAUAACGCUGGUGGAACCAUGUACUGGAAUGAUACACAUCCGGCACAUUUCAGGAUACUAAAAGUGGUUUUAAGGGAGGCCCUGGCUGAAUGCCUCAUGGAUUCUUACAGCUUGGAUGUCCAUGGGGGACGAAGGACCACAGCUGGCUGCGAGGGUUGAGAUCUCUGUUUACUUAGAUCUCUGCCAACUUCCUUUGGGUCUCCCUAUGGAAUGUAAGACCCCGACUCUUCCUGGUGAAGCAUCUGAUGCACGUUCCAUCUGGCGCUCAGCUGGGCUUGAGCUGACCACACUCCCUGGAGCCUUCUCCCGAGGUGCGCGGGUGACCUUGGCACAUACAGCCAUCGUGAUGGUACUUUAAGUGGAGGCUGAAUCAUCUCCCCUUUGAGCUGCGUGGCACACGGCUCCCUUGGUGUUCACCUUUUACUGACAGGACACUGAGAUUUGGAGAGAAUCCUGUUAAACCUGGGAUUUAGGCACUUCCAAUCUGAGAAAAUACAUAUCCUUUCAGCACUCUGGACGGACUUGAGAACUGUCCUUACCUGACCUAAAGCUGGAGUAUUUUGAGAUUGGAGAAUUAAGGUCACAUGAUCACACAUCCCUAGCUGAUAUGGAAUUGUGAGCUUCUCCUGGAUCUUCCGAGGAAGGAUGCUUUCAGGAGUGCUUUGGAAUGAAGGCAGUGGAGGCCAAGAGACCUCUAGGUCAAAGCCAGGCAGGAGGGUCCUCUCAGGGGCCCAGCCAACAAGUUGCAUGUCUCCCUCAGAGGCUUGAAGAGGCAGAACACCCCAGAGGAGCCUGGGGCCACCACACAGCGUCACUGUGGGAAAACGGCGGCAGGAAAUGUCUUCUCACAUGCGCGCUCCACCUCAGUCCACGCCUUCCCUCCUUCUGGAAGCCUUGCCUGACCACUGGCCUGCCCCUUCUAUGGGAAUCACUACUGACCUUGCAGCUUACUAUAGACUUAUAUGUAUGCAGAAAUAUAAUUUUAAUUACUUUUGUAUUGCUCCAAGAGUGAUACCGAAUCAUGAUAGAAAAUUUAAAUAAACAAAA